GUGAUUGAGAGAGCGAGCGAGUCUAUUUUCACUUUUCCUUCAAUACACUUUCCCAUUUCUGCUUCGAUCAACCAACGCCGUAACCACCUCAGAUCAAAGCAGCACCAUGUGGCGGAGGCUCGUUUCUUCUCACUUCAAAUCCCUAACUGCACUCUCACCUUCUUCUCAUUCCCGAUCCGCUUCGCCAGCCCUCCGAUUCGCCGCCGCCGCCGCCGCUCCUUCCUCCGCUCCCUUCAUUAAUCGCCAUGUCUCCACCCAAUCAGGUGGUAAGGUAAAACUUAGGGUUGAGGAUGUAAUGCCCAUUGCCACUGGGCACGAACGCGAGGAGAUUCAGGCUGAUCUCGAGGUUAUUCCUUUCCUCAUUCCCUACGAUUGCGAUUCUGGAAGGAAUAUUCUUGAAAUAAACCAUCCUGAAGGUCCAUUUGGCACAAAGGAAGCACCUGCUAUUGUAAAGUCUGUCUAUGAUAGAAGGAUAGUCGGAUGCCCCGGCGGUGAAGGUGAGGAUGAGCAUGAUGUUGUCUGGUUUUGGCUGGAGAAGGGCAAGCCUUAUGAAUGUCCAGUAUGCUCACAAUGUUUUAAGCUUGAAGUGGUGGGAGCCGGUGGUGAUCCUUAUGAACAUGGUCACCAUUGAUUUCAUCCUGCAAUUUUCGUCCGGAAUAAAAUCUUGAAACAUGGAGAGACAUUGUUUACAAUCAUGCCGUUAAAAUCAUUGAGGCCUUUUUGUUUUGUUUUUAUUGGUUUAUGUACCUUUCGGUCUUGCAACUUUAGAGAUAGAAAGUUUCUACGGUUAUUUAGACACAGGCUGGUCAUUUGAUUGAGCUAUCAAAUCCUGUUAGGUUAUCAUUUUUGCUUUGCGCAAUAAUUGAUAGCAACGCUGAUUCAUUAACUCGGCUUUAAUAUGUAGUAGAACUGGCAGCAUUUUUUAUUUUGAGCAGCUAAACCGCAAAAGGUGUCAAAAGCUGGAAUCGUAUUAAUUAAAGAAUCGUUUGGGCUAAAGUUCCUCUGUUUUGGUUUGAA